AUGUCAACCCGUGCGAACACAAAAGCCCGUCCAGAGGCUGUGGACCAGGACAGGAGAGCUGCUGCCGCUGCUGCUGCUGAAAGGAGAAAACAAGAGAGUUCCCGACGUGGGACCACGACUGCAAACCCAAAUCAUGGUUCACUUGCGCAGAAACUGGACCAGCAGCGCAAAUCACCAUUGAGACCAGAGGAGCAAUUACCAGAGCGGGUAGUGCGACAUCCAGCCUUGCCAAUAUAUGCCCCAUGGCUACAACAUGUUUGGGAGCAUGCGGAUCUUGUUCCAAGUGGACAUGUCCCCGUUGUUCGUCCCGGUGUCGACAAGGAGUCCCAAGUUCAAGUCGUAUAUAGCAACGAGCCACUGCCGAUUACCAACCCCUAUCCAAUUCAAGUCAAUUCACCACGUUCUCGGGUGACCUUACUUUUGGAAUUGGUCGGUGUCGUCGAGUGUCACCUACGCCCAUCAAAAGAUAUCCGCAAACGGCUUCGCGGUCAUCUUACUUCUGAGGGCACGCUCAUUGUCAAUGUUCCUGCGACUGCUUGGGGAACUGGACGCUUCAGCAAGCUUGACGUCUUCGAGGCGUUGUGCAGCGAACUUGUUGCGGCAAGCUUGAAUGUGCAGGCGCCGAGCAACAAGCUUGUUUAUGAACUGCUCGGGCACCUUCGCCGCGAUGUGACCGUCCGCUUUAUUGAGAAUAUGAAUGUCUCAACAGCACAGCUACUUAAUAUUCGGCCCGGCUCGUAUGACCAAACGCGAACCUUGUAUAUCUACGAUAAUUCCGACCCCCAAGUCUUGGUUCUCAGCGAGCAAGACCCUCGGUGUAGCCGACUUGGUAUUAUGGCAUGGGAAGCCAAUAAUACAUCCACUCGCUCCUCUCAUACCAUCCUCAUCAACAUUCAAGGAGCCCAGCAGACUCCCUUGAAUCUCGACCCAGCCAUUGUACAAGCCAUCAAGCAAUGCUUGGAGUUGGAGUAA